AUGUCAAGUAAUCUAAGUCUUCAUUCAUGGGAGUUGCGUGAAGGAUCACUUAUUCUGGACGAUUUUGUAUCAUUGAAUGAUAUGGUAAAACUGGGACUUGAGAAGCUUGUCGUGGAACUACGAGUUCAUCAACUGGAAUUCGAUAAUAAUUCUGGAGAUUUACUAAAUAACAUCCGGAAAAUUUAUCUUAGACCCAUGCCUUAUGGCAUUCUGCGGCGACAUGAUGAUAUCUGGCGCCAUUUCUUCAAUCGUAUCCUUCUUGAGGGGGGAGUUUUGGGUUUGACUGAUGAGAUUAUGAUCGAAAAGAUGAUCUAUUUUUCUCGUACUAUUAUUAAGAGUACAAUUACUAGUACAGGUACAACUCGCAGUAACAUCCAAGACCCUGUGCCUUUAAUGAUUAUCGUAAUGAGGGUGGAGGAAGAACCGGAAGUCGUCCACACAUUCGUGCCAGCAAGUAAAUCAUCAAUUGAGGCAUUGGACAAGGUGGAGGUGGAUAGUUCUUGUUCUAUGGAUCAGUGUGUAAUAUGUUUGGAAAAGUUUAGUUUUGGUGUUGGCAUGGAAUUGGUCACUCGAAUGCCAUGCUCCCAUGUCUAUCAUGGAGAUUGUAUUGGUCAUUGGCUGCAAUUGAGUCAUUACUGUCCGAUUUGUCGCUUUGAGAUGCCAACAUGA